GCGGAUUUUUCGAUCGCUGUGUCUUAUUAUUAAGCCUUUCUAUCUUGUUGUGUAUGCAUUACCAACGGGGAAAAAACCGCUUUUUCCCCAACGGGUAUUAGAGCAAUUGAAUUAUUGAUUUUACCCAAGCAAAGUAUUUUGGUUUAGGUGCUCUAUUUGUACCAGAUUCUGGCUGAGCAGUCCUAAGUAAGUCAUUGUAGAAGUCAUGGUUCUAGAGUCCAUUUUGUCGUCUUCGAAGUCACCAUCUUUCAGGAGGCAGUUUGCAAAGCAUGAACUGGGCAGUUGGUCGACACUCUUGAAGAGGCACCGCUUCCUCUUAUUUGCUCUUGCUCUACUAACUGUCCUCUGUACCAUUUAUCUAUAUUUUGCAGUUACAUUUGCAGCCAAUGACUCCUGCUCUGGGUUGAAUGGACCUCUGAAAGAUUCCUGUCAUAUGGAGCAUGUUAAGGCUUCUGUAGCCAAGAGUAAACUGAAAGGUCUGAGACAUUUCUGAUUCCAAUUCAAGUUGUGCUGGAGAGUUUUUAUCUUUUCCUUUAGGAGACAUGAAAUCGAAAUAUGAUUUUUCGGCUCAGUGUUACUAUAAUAUGUAUUAUUUAUCUAUACUGUUUAUCUUAGUAUUUGUGAGCCAAAAUGUACAAUCCAUGUUAGAAAGCAAUUUCUUGAUUGCUCAUUUUGGGGGGCUGCUUUAUGAUGGCUAAUAUAAGUUCGGUGAGCAUCCUAGCAGCCCAAAUCAAAUUUGAGUUUUUACAAUGUUGAUGGUUAAUUCAAAACUUUAGUAGAUUUCUCAUUUGUGAAAAUACGGUUGGUUCAUUUUUAAAUAUGAACUUUUUCAUGAUGGAUCAUUUU